GUAGUGAUCGAGAAGAAAGCACCUUCGUAUCACGUUCGUUCAGUGUCGUCGACGCGUCUCAUAGGCCCAUGCCCAGCUACUGCCGCCACCAAAUGAAACGGCGACGAAUAAAACGGCUUAACGAUUACAACUAUUACAACACUGUUACGACGAAUGCCUAGUCGUUUGCCACACGUCGCACUUAAAUCUUCUUGAAAAAAAAAAAAAAAAUUCAUUGUUCUUCAUUGCUCGUCAAACUAUCGAUAUGCGAAAAACGGUUAAAUGAGCCCGAAAUCCACAAUUUUUCCGACAACUGUUGUAACAUGUGCCUAAACCUUGCAGGUUUUUUAUUUUAUUAAAAAAAUACAAUUUGAAAUUUAAUCUCCGUUGAGAACCAUCAUCGGACUCGGUCAAGAUGUUGUCACGUCGGAUGUCGUAUUUCGAACGGCAGGAAAUCAUUGUAAUCGGAGAACGUUUAAAUUAUGUCAAUACGCCACAUGUCAUUGCCAUGGUAGGGCUACCAGCUCGUGGCAAAACUUACAUUUCAAAAAAACUUUCCAGAUACCUUAAUUGGAUUGGUAUAAAUACAAAAGUUUUCAACCUGGGAGAAUACCGCCGGCAUGCCACCACAGCAUACAAAAGCCAUGAAUUUUUCCGACCGGACAAUAAAGAAGCUAUGGCUAUUCGAACUCAAUGUGCUAUCGAUGCCCUUGACGAUGUAUGUACUUGGUUGGACAAUGGUGGUGAAGUAGCAGUUUUUGAUGCUACUAACUCUACAAUUGAACGACGGCAGUUAAUAUUGGACAUAGUCGUUAAGAAACGAGGUUUUAAGUUGUUUUUUGUAGAAUCUGUCUGUGAUGAUCCUAAAAUAAUUGAACAAAAUAUAAUGGAAGUGAAGGUUAAUAGCCCUGAUUAUCAAAGCAUGGGGGCAGAUAUAGCAUUACGAGAUUUCUUGCAGCGAAUAGAACAUUACCAAGAGAGAUAUGAGCCAUUGGAUGAACACACAGAAUCCAGUCUUAGCUAUAUGAAAAUAUUCAAUACUGGAGAAAAAGUAUUAGUGCAUAAACAUGAAGGCCACAUUCAAGCACGCAUUGUUUACUACUUGAUGAAUAUUCAUAUCAUUCCAAGAACUAUUUAUCUUACAAGACAUGGAGAAAGUGAGUGGAACAAAGAAGGCAAGAUUGGUGGUGACUCACAGUUAUCACCAAAUGGAGUUAAAUAUGCUGUAGCCUUAGCCAACUACAUAAAUGACCAAAAUAUUAAAAAUCUUCGGGUUUGGACUUCAUGGCAUCACCGAACUAUUCAAACAGCGUGUGGUGUACGUGCACCACAAGAAAGAUGGAAGUCUCUUAAUGAAAUUGAUGCUGGAGUAUGCGAAGGUAAGACUUAUGGAAUGAUAAAAAAUGAAUACCCAGAACAAUUUGAAGCCCGUGACAAAGAUAAAUUUGCUUACCGUUACCCAAGAGGUGAAUCAUAUGAAGAUUUAGUGGCUCGAUUAGAACCAGUUAUUAUGGAGCUUGAGAGACAGGGUAAUGUGUUAGUGGUCAGCCAUCAAGCUGUACUUAGGUGUUUAUUAGCAUACUUCUUAGAUAAAAAUGCAGAAGAGUUACCGUAUUUGGAAGUGCCGUUGCAUACCUUAAUUAAACUAACACCAGUAGCAUAUGGUUGUAAAAUGGAACAGAUUAACUUUCCAAUUGAUGCUGUCAAUACGCAUCGUCCUAAACCACAGGUUCCAGGAUACUUGGAAGACAGAUUUAAAUAUGUUGAAGAUGUCAAAAAAGAGAAUGGUGACACAACCUUACCUACUUAAACUACAAAUUAAAUACCACUGUGUAUAAUUUUGUUUUCCUUUAUAAAUUUAAUGAGUAGUUUGGGUAUGAUUGGCGUCAAAAGUUAAUGAUGUAUGGAACAUGGCAACUAACUUAAUCGAAUUGGACUAAUAUUAUAGUUUUAUUUUUAUGUAUACAGUUAAAAUUUCUACUUAAUUUGAUUGAUUUUUCUAUGUAAAUAUUUAAUUGACCAUUAUGUACUUACAGCCUGAUAAAAUCUUUUAUAUUCAUAAAAUUAUACUUGUUAAAAUUGAUAUUCUAUUAACAUUACACUGUAUUGAUAUCUUUAAAAAUUAUUCAUUUUUCAUUUUUUUGUCAGAUAUUUUAUUUAUUAUUUAUUUUUCACUUACAUAACUAUAAUUAUAUUAUUAAGA